GCAGGUCCCUGCCGUGGAGGGAAGGGGCGCUAGAGGAUCGCGGCGUGGGAGCGAGGUGCCCAGGCAGAGGCCAGCACCGCGGCCGCCGCCGCAGACUCACGGUUUGAGAGACCAGAAGCACCGGCUCCACGCACUGCCACCACCAUGGCUGCUCUUGGACACACGUUCCCCUUCUAUGCCGGCCCCAAGCCAACGUUCCCCAUGGACACCACCUUGGUCGUCAUCAUCACCAUUUUUCUGACUGCCUUAGUCACCUUUAUCAUCAUCCUGCCUGGCAUUCGGGGCAAGACGAGGCUCUUCUGGCUGCUGCGUGUGGUGACCAGCUUAUUCAUCGGGGCUGUGAUCCUGGCCGUGAAUUUCAGCUCUAAGUGGUCAGUGGGCCAGGUCAGCGCCAACACCACCUACAAAGCCUUCAGCCCUGAGCGGAUCAGCGCAGACGUGGGGCUGCAGAUUGGGCUGGGAGGAGUCAACAUCACGCUCACUGGGACCCCAGUGCAGCAGCUGAAUGAAACCAUCAAUUACAAUGAGGAGUUCCUGUGGCACCUAAGCAAGGACUAUGCCGAGGAGUACAUGAGCGCCCUGCAGAGGGGGCUGCCAGACCCUGUCCUCUACCUGGCCGAGAAGCUCGGCCCGAACAGCCCAUGUGGCCUGCAUGACCAGUACCGCCUGGCAGGACACUAUGCCUCUGCCAUGCUAUGGGUCGCCUUCCUUUGCUGGCUGCUGGCCAACGUGAUGCUGUCCAUGCCCGUGCUGCUGUAUGGUGGCCACAUGCUUUUGGCCACAGGCAUCUUCCAGCUACUGGCACUGUUCUUCUUUUCAAUGGUCACAUCGCUCACAUCACAUUGUUCCCUGCGCCUGGGGGCAGUGGAGCUGCAUACCCAGCACGGGCCUGCCUUCUGGACUACACUGGCCACAGGACUGCUGUGCUUGCUGCUGGGCCUGCUCAUGGCGGUGGCCCACAGGAUGCAGCCUCACCGGCUGAAGGCCUUCUUCAACCAGAGCUUGGAGGACCCCACACUCGAGUGGAGUGCUGAGGAAGGCGAGCUCCUGACUCCUCGCUACCGGCCCAUGUCCUGUAGCCCUGAGCCCGGGGACAUUCCCCUGUCACGGGCUUCCUCAGAGACCUGCAGUCGGGAGGAGCACCCCUGAGAGCCCGACUGUGCCCGGUGAUGCCCCUGUCCUGGUGGGUGGCACCUUGUUGAGUCGCAGGAAGGCACCUAGCAUGGCUGCAGCAGACCCUCAGCUCCCAGGAGAGUUAAAGGCAGCGCCACCUACCGAAGCCAAUGAGAACAAACCCCGAAGCCUCAGCCCUGGAACCUGGUUGCUAUGGUGAUAGCAAGCCUAGCCCCUAUUUCUGCCCAGCGUCCUUGUCUUUCCAGGGUGCUGGGCCUCCUCUGGGUGCCCUUUGCUGAAACCCCGCCUUCCCAUACAUAUGGCACAGUGAGAUAUUCCCUUGGGCCUCAGCCCUCACAGCUCCCGGACAGUGCAUAUGCGUGCGUGUGUGUGUGUGUGUGUGUGUGUGUGUGUGUGUCUACGCAUGCGCACGUAUGUGUCUUCUCCAUCUGCACUGGAAGGAGGCCACCAGACAUCUCAUCCCAGCUCAGCAUUAACCGGCCAUGUCACAUCCUCUGUGGUCUUUAGGUCCCAGGUAUAUGCAAUAAGACUAGGAUUUGCC